AUGCAAAGAUGGAUCGACACUCAUUUACAGAAACGCGGAAACCACUUCCUUUGCCGGGUCGAUGAAUGCUUCAUGACGGACAGCUUCAAUCUCACUGGACUCGCGGAAUGCAUCCCUAAUUUCCUCAACGUUCUACAGAGAAUUUUGAAUACAGAAUCAACCUCUGACGACAGCGAUUCCAAUCCUUCAGCAAGCUCAAAAAGCGAGAAAGAAGAAGAGAAAGAAUUGGCCGCUGAAACACUUUAUGGCCUUAUCCAUGCUCGAUUCAUUAUGACGAGACGAGGGUCGGACGAAAUGAAGGACAAGUUUUAUAAUAAUAUCUUCGGAGUUUGCCCUCGUGUCACUUGCGCGACAAGUCUCCUUCCAAUCGGCCUUUCAGACGCCCCUUGUGAAGAAAAUGUAAAAACCUACUGUCCGAUGUGCGACGAAAUCUUUGAAGCGAAAUCCUCCAAAGUUCGAGGUCUUGACGGCGCUUUCUUUGGAAUCAGUUUCCCACACAUGUUCUUCAUGAUGAACCCAGAAUGUCGUCCUGCAAAGAAAAAAUCUCAUGGCUGGGUACCGAAAUUGUUUGGCUUUCGGAUUCAUCCGUCUGCUUACCAAUCACAGGAACCUGAAGAGGAAACAAAAGACGAAAAUGAAGACAAGGAAGAAUAA